UUAGAUUGACUACAUGAAUUGCAAUAAUAUCAAUCAGAAUUUCAUUCGUUCAGGUUCUUAGAUUUUCUUUGGUAUAUAAAGAGUUGGAAAACUGUCAGGCCUUCAGAAAUCUCUUUGCUACGACAUCACAUCUCUUGGAUUCUCCGUACAGUGUAACUGGAAGUUGCCAUUUCUUGAAAAUGAAUCUGAUAUCCGUAUUGAUUAUCUUCCUUAUUUCUACUGUUUCACAAGCGAAUGACAUUGCAAUGAUGAGGGAGGAAGAAGAACUAGAAGAUAAAGCCGAAAAUAAAGAAGAAAAUAUUGCGUUUGAAAGUUUCGGAUCGCCAGUUUACGGACCAAAUGAAAUUGUAACUUCUGGAAGCGGUAAAUCCGGUUACACUUUACCAAUACCUCCUACAUUUAUGCCUGCAAGCUAUUCUGCCUAUAUAACAGCAUUAGGUCUCGGACCCUCUUUCAGUCGCUACGGCAUUAUGCCUACACCAGUUCCAGCUGCGUAUGCGGCUUCUUACAAUGGACUUGCGCCUUAUAUGUCCUCGAUUAUGACUGGACUUGGAAACAAUGCUUAUGGAAACUUACCUUUCGCCAGAUUUGCUUAUGGAGGAUAUCCAUUUGGAUACCCUUCCUAUGCAAAUCAAGCAUACCGUUACACUGAUGUCGGAUAUGCACCUGCUUCUGUGAAAUCAGCUGCAGCUCCAGUUCCAGUUCCUGUUGCACCAACCGCCAGAGCACCGUUUCCAACAGUAGACACCAAAGAUGCCUCAUUACGUUACGGUUAUGGUCCUGCCAUCGCUCAGAGGUUAACUUUUUAUUAAAAAUUUGCCACAUAAAUUAGCUAAGUAUGAAGCGUAUAUUUAUCAUGGUAUGUCCAUCAUAAAAACUUUUAUAUUUUAUUAACGAUAAAAUUAUAUUCUCUAACUUCAGUGAAAAUUUCGUGCAGCCAUGAAGACAUAAAUGUAUUGAAGAUUUUAAUAACUGUAAAAUAUUCAUGUGCAAUUGUGGAAGCGAACUUUAGACACAUCAUAUAUAAUCGUAUAUUUAAAAUGCCUUUAUAUAUGUACACAUUCACAUACACAAAUUUAUACUAUUUUGUUCCAAAACUUAAAAUUUUGAAGUAAAUUUUUGUUAAUUAAAACGUCAAUUUAAACUCCUUUCCAUUAGUGGUUCGAAUGUGCAAAGUUUAAUGUCGAAGAGUAUUCUGAAUUUAAAAUAAAGGAAAAUUAGGAAUUCAAAAUCUUAAUUUGAUAAAUGGAAAUGAAUUCUUUUUUUUUAAGAGUUGAAUAGAAGUUUUAAUAUUUGUAUGGAAGUAUAUGCAUUAUUUUUUUUAACUUUGUUCAUUUGCUUACUAUAUUAAAAUUAUCUCUGAUGUUAUAAAUAUACUUGUUUAAAGAAUGUUCAACAAUGGAUUUCUAACUAUUGUUCUGGUACUGAGAGUAGUAGUACAUUUGAGUCAAUAAAAGAAUUAUGAUUAAAGUUUCAUAAGAUUUGUGCUUUGCUUUUGAUCUACGUAAUCAGUCAUCUUUAAGGCUGAAUAGUUGUUAAAAGUAUUUAAUUGUUUUAAGUUUUUCUUAAACCUAUUUUUAUAUGUUUUGAAAUGUAUUUUACGCUUACUUUUCUUAAUAAAACAUGAAAACAA